ACAUUCCUUCACAACAGCUAGAAAAUAAAAAAAGAAAGGAGCUAUUGACUAUGCCUACUACUGAGAAAGUCAAGAAUGGAGUGCAGGGUAGAAAAUCAAUACAAGGCUUGAAGAAGUCUAAGCCUACAAACAUGGAGGCAGAUGAACUUACAAAGAAGCUCGAAGCAAUUCGUAAAAGGAACCGCAAUGUGCCAACAAGUGUAAGCCAAGAGCGAAGUUGUCCAAGUUCUACUCAACUCACAAUCAACCAAGGGCAGCAGCAGAAUAUUCAACUCAUAGAUGAAGAGACUCAAACAGGGCAAGAUGACACAACUUUGCCUACUCCUGAAACUACCCCACAAAAUGAAAGUGCAAUGUUGGAGCAAGGAAUAUCAAUAAAGGGUAAGAAGAUGCCAGGAGUAAAGGCUACAACAAUUGAUGAAUUCUUAAAGGAAAAUGGGAUAAACGUGGAAAUUGAAGGACCAAGCACUGAACUAAGUGAGGACGGGGAAGAAAGCAUGGCACUUGAUGAAGACUAUUAUCAACAUGUGAUGGAGGACAUUGAUGAUGAAGAAGGAGAGCCAAAGAAGAAGAAAACCCAUGGAAAAACAACUUGCAAGGAGAUUUAUGCGAGGAUUAUGGAACAGCGGGAAGAAGUCACCUUGAUAUUGGACAGCCCGUAGGACCAACCGACCAAAGUGUUUCUAAUUUAACUAGUUUUGUUGGCACUACUGGUAGAAAUAAAAGAUUCGUUAGUCUUUAGUACACUAGUUGGCAUGCUGUUUCUCCUAAAGCUAAAAAGUUCAUGUGGGACUAUGUUAACACCAAGUUUAUCCUCCCAGACAGUGGAGAAAAGUGGGUAAUUCAAGCGAUUCGAGAUGCUUGGAAGCGGUUCAAAGGAAAGAUUAAGCAGAAGCACUUUGUUCCCUAUGAUACUAUUGAAGAUAUGGUGAAAAAUC